GCUAGCUAGCCAUCGUUUAUUUACGCGUCAAUUCUUAUUUGGUGUUUGUUGACUGGCAGCUAAAUCAACCUCGAGUUUCACAGCGCCACCUAGGGAGAUUAUUUCAGUUCCUGCACUUUCAAUUUUACAACAGCUAGAGUUGUAUUUUUGUCUCAUAGAAUAGCUAGCUAUAUAUUUUAUUGGAUCAAUGCAUUUACAGUAAAUGUGUAUAUUUUAUAAAGCUCCCAAAUAAUAUACAAUAAAGCUAAGUGUCAUGAACGCGGUGAACCAGUGGGUGGCGGUACUAUGCAUAUUGAUUUUAUCUUAGUACGGCUGUGCGGAAGUGGAUGGGCGGGGUAAGGGUCAAACGUGAAAAUGGCUUCUCCGAAAACUGUUCCUAAAGAUGCACAGGUUAUGAUCCAAAUCCUCAAAGACAUGGGGAUAACAGAGUAUGAGCCCAGAGUUAUUAAUCAAAUGCUGGAAUUUACCUACAGAUAUGUGACAACUAUUAUUGAGGAUGCCAAAAUCUAUGCAACACAUGCCAAGAAGAACAUUGUGGAUGCUGACGACAUAAGACUUGCAAUCCAGUGUCGAAUGGACCAGUCCUUCACCUCCCCACCACCACGAGAUUUCCUGCUGGAUGUAGCUAGGCAGAAGAACCAGACCCCUCUUCCCUUGAUUAAGCCAUACACUGGGCCACGCCUGCCCCCUGACCGUUACUGUCUUACUGCUCCUAACUACAGGCUUAAGUCCAUACAGAAAAAGGUGUCCUCAUCUGCAGGGAGAAUAACAGUGCCUCGCCUCAGUAUAGGAGCUGUGUCCAGCAGGCCCAGCACGCCUACCCUUGGCACUCCCUCGGUGCAGUCAGUCACAACCAAAGUGGGGACGCCAGUGUCACUGUCGGGGCAGCGCUUCAGCGUUCAGAUCCCAUCCUCACAGACUGCAGCCUCCAAGUCCUCCACACCAUCCACUCCAAUGGUUCAAAAUGUCCUCAUCAACCCCUCCCUGAUCGGAUCCAAAAAGAUCCUCAUCACCACCAACAUGGUGUCACAGAACUCGGCCAGCGAAUCGCUGAAGAGGAAGCAUGAAGACGACGAUGACUAUGAUGCAUUAUGACCUCAUGUAUAAUCUGAUAAAGGAGUCCGCUAGAUGAAAUCAAGAGUGUGCUGUAAAUAUAGUAGAAGGUAGUUUUGAGGUUAGCCAGUCAGCCUACAAUUCCCCCAUCAUUGUUGUGGACAUUUAGUAAGUGUAGUGUCAUGCCUGUUUGCCACUAAUUUUUGUAUAUAAAAAUAAAAAAAGUGUGAAUAAA